AGGUCAAGGAAUUUUCGGACUGAAUUCAUGUGCCAAACUUCUGGGGGUGGAGGAUUGAGUAUAAAAUCAUAUCUUGAGCGCUCGAUAAGACACAGUUUGUCACCUGCAAUCAAAGCAAAAACCACCUCAAGCCUCAACAUGUUCGCCAAAGUGAUCUUCUUCGCCGUCCUGGCCAUCGCUUGCGUCGCCGCUAAGCCACUGUUCCCAGUAGCUGCCUACAGUGCCUACAGUGCUCCAGUUGUGGCCGCUUCGCCUGCUUUGGCCGCCUAUACCGCCCCGGUAGCAGCAGCUUACUCUGCCGCCCCUAUUGCCGCUGCCUACACUGCCGCCCUGCCCUAUGCCGCCGGGUACCCAUAUGCUGCUGCCGCUGCUCUCCCCUACACCUCCCUGAUCCUGUAAAUUCCGACACAACCGUAUUUGGAUGCCUCUAUGAUCUCGUUACACUAAUUGAAUCUUUUCCAGAAAAAAAAAUAAUGCCAAAAUUUCGAAGAAGAUUUCUGCGGAACAAAAAAUAAAAUUUUUGCAACUACA